AUUUUUUGCUACAUUUAUAGUAGCACGUAAAAAAAUAUUUAGACUACCGAACAGUUAUAAACGAAUAUGUCACAGAGAACUGUUAGUUCUUUCUUUCAAAAAAAAUUGCCUGCGAGCAGUGUCCAUUUGCCGAUCACUGUGAUAAACGAUGUUUAAACGUUGAUAAGUCGCCCAUAAGUAAGAGCCUAAGUGACUUCCUGUUGAAUCGUAUUUCGUUCGCUUGUGGCUACGUGGAAGAAACGACUCGGUAUUGUUUUUCGCACAUUUCCCGAUGAGAUGCAAACCAACGCUAACUACCAACACGUACUUAGGCAAAUGCCAAACUACUAUUCGCGCCGAAAAUGGAUUUUGCUGAUCGCGCUGAUUUCGUGCGUUGUUCUCAUUGUUCUUGUCACGAAGUAUCCGUUUGUUGAAAAUCAUACAAUAGUACACGAUACGUACCUGGACGAUGUACCCACAGAUUUAUAUCAAACAGUGUUGGACACAUGGUACAACUUUUCCAAUAAUGAAAAAUGGUACAACAAGAAGAAUAUAUCUGCCCUGAGCUUAGAAGCCUUUCAUGAUUUAUUGGCCGAUAUUCAUCAAAAUUGGAUAAUAUGGAAUCAUAAUCCGAAAGAGUCAUAUGUGCUUCAAGAACCAGAUGUGGAAGAUCCGUCAAUGGGGCAGUCAGCUGCGAUACGCGAAAUUUUAAACGAUAAGAAAAAUGGAUUUUUCAUAGAAUGUGGUGCGUACGACGGGGAAAUACGUAGCAACACAUUAUUUCUGGAGCGGUUUAGGGGAUGGUCAGGUCUCUUGAUAGAAGCUGAUCCUAUUAAUUUCACGAAGAUGUUGCAAAAGAACAGAAAGGCUUAUCUCUCGCCAACGUGUCUUAGCAUUACUAAGAAUCCUACGGUGGCAUCCUUUCUCAUGGCCAGGAAUGUGGGUCGUCUACACGAACCUGAGAACAAGACGGAAGAUAUGCCCUCAAAUACGCUCGACGUGGCUUACACGGGCAAGCACGUCCGCGUGCAAUGCUUUCCAUUAACACAUUACAUCGCCGCGUUGGAAAUCAAAACGAUCGAUUAUUUCAGCCUCGACAUAGAAGGCAAUGAGAUCGACGUAUUAGAAACAAUACCAUUUAACGAGGUGGACAUAAAGACUCUCUCUGUGGAGUAUAUACACAAUAAAAAAGGACGAAAAUACCUGGUCGAUUUGAUGGAACGUCGGGGGUACUAUGUUUAUAGUUUGGUCACUCAUCCGGACAACUUGGCGAACGACAUUAUUUUUGUAAAGCGCAACACGUGACGAGUGUGAAUACGA